AUGAUAUAUGCAAAUGUCACCAAACAAGAUAUUCUCCUUCUUCAAGAAUUAGACCAAUUAUCUCAAGAACAUCCAGAUCAAUUAAAAAUCUUUUACACUCUGGAUCAACCUCCUGACGAUGAAUUAUGGACGCAAGGAGUUGGAUAUGUAUCUCAAAAAGCAAUUAAAAAAACCAUAUCCCUGGACCUCAAGAGGAC